AUGACAGAAAGAAGCAAUGAUGAAAUAAGAAGUUAUUUUUCAUGGAAUUUGGAGAUGGAACGUGUGUUAGCUGAAGUAUUAAGAGAUCAAAGAAACAUGUGCAAUAAGAGUGACGGAGCUUGGAAAAGGGUUGCAUAUAAUGCUGCAGUUGUAGUGGUAUCCAACAACUUCAAAGUCCAAGUCACUUGGGAGAAUGUUAAAAAUCGAAUCAAACUUUGGAGAUCAUGGUAUGGAGUUGUUAGUGACAUCCUUGGUCAGAGUGGAUUUGAUUGGGAUGGAACCAAACACAUGAUUACAGUUGGUGAUGAAAAUGUAUGGAAUGAAUAUGUCAAUUCGCAUAAGGAGGCUAGACAUAUUCGAUUCAAAGCAAUUCCAAAUUGGGAUGAUAUAGUGGAUUUAUGUGCUAAAGAUAAAGCUACUGGUCAUGGAGCUGAAACUGCUAUGGAUGUUGAUGAAGUCAUGAAUAGAGAGGUAAAUGAAGUAAAUUUUGUGGGUUUGGAGGACUUGAAUGCUACUAUAGAUUUGGAGGAACCGAGAAAGAUUAAUGAAAAAGAGCUAAUGGCUGCUUCAAUGAAAGAUGUGGUCGAGUCUUUUAAUCGAUUGACACAUGUAUAUGGUGAAAAGGUUGAUGAAAAUGAAAUCAAAGAAGUGUUAGAUAAGGUGCGUUUAAUGCCAAAUCUUACUAAGGAACAAUGGGCUAAAGCUGUUAAAUGGUUAGCUGACAUGCCAAAACAAUUAGCUAUUGUGAAAGCCAUUCCAAUUGAACAAAAGUUUUUGCCCAGAAACUGCCCGGCGGCAAGGCCUGAACUGCCAGGUGGCAUAACAGAUUUUUACUACGUUCUUGGUUUUGGCAUGAAUCGCCUAGCGGCGAUGAAUAUCUGCCAGGCGGUGCGACAGUAUUCGCGUUUUCUUGGUUGUUUUGGGAUUUCUCGUGUGGGAGUCAGUGUGACUUCUGAAUUGUUUGAGUUCUUGGAAGGGAAGGAGUGA